GUGGUGUAUGUGUGUGUUAUAAAAAAAUAUCAAUAGACACAGGCAGCUGGCAGGCUGGCAGCCAAUGAGGCAAACCAAACGUGGACUCGUCACUCGUCCGCAGAAAAGGCCUCGCGCGUGUAGAAUAAAAGCGUCACUAGGGUGCCUUCUCACAGCACUGAUUGUCCACCCACCACUCUACGCAAGCAAUCCUUCGGACUUCGGUGGGGGAAAUGGAGGCCGCCGCCGCCGCCGAGACGGGGCUCGCCCAGAAACCGGUUGUGCUGUACCCUUCGCCGGGGAUGGGCCACCUGGUCUCCAUGAUCGAGCUUGGCAAGAUCCUCGGCGCGCGGGGACUGUCCGUAAUAAUUGUCGUCGUCGAGCCUCCCUUCAACACGGGCGCUACGGCGCCUUUCCUCGCCGGCGUCUCCGCGGCCAACCCGUCCAUCUCCUUCCACCGCCUGCCCAAAGUCGAGCGCCUCCCGCCCGUCAAGACCAAGCACCAGGAGGCGCUCACCUUCGAGGUCACCCGCGUCUCCAACCCGCACCUCCGCGAGUUCCUGGCCGCCGCGUCCCCAGCCGUGCUCGUCGUCGACUUCUUCUGCAGCAUCGCCCUGGACGUGGCGGAGGAGCUCCGCGUGCCCGCCUACUUCUUCUUCACCUCGGGCGCCGAGGUCCUGGCCUUCUUCCUGCACCUCCCGGCGAUCCACGAGCGGACCGCCGCGAGCUUCCAGGACAUGGGGAAGGAGCUCGUGCACGUGCCGGGCAUCCCGUCGUUCCCGGCGACGCACUGCAUCCUGCCCACCAUGGAGCGCGACGACGUGGCCUACGACGGCUUCCUAAAGGGCUGUACCGACCUCUGCCGCUCCCAGGGCAUCAUGGUCAACACGUUCCGCUCGCUGGAGCAGCGCGCCGUCGAGACCGUGGCCGCGGGCCACUGCACGCCCCCCGGCCUCCCGACCCCGCCCAUCUACUGCAUCGGGCCACUCAUCAAGUCCGAGGAGGUGCUGGGCAAGGGCGGCGAGGAGUGCCUGGCUUGGCUGGACGCGCAGCCCAGGGCCAGCGUGGUGUUCCUCUGCUUCGGCAGCAUCGGCCGGUUCAGCGUGGAGCAGAUCAGGGAGGUGGCGGCCGGCCUGGAAGCCAGCGGGCAGCGGUUCUUGUGGGUGGUCCGAGCCCCGCCCAGCGACGACCCGGCCAAGAAGUUCGAGAGGCCGCCGGAGCCGGACCUUGACGCGCUCCUCCCGGAGGGGUUCCUGGCCCGGACCAAGGAUAGGGGUCUCGUGGUCAGGUCGUGGGCGCCGCAGCGGGACGUGCUGGCGCACGCGUCCGUGGGCGGCUUCGUGACGCACUGCGGCUGGAACUCGGUCCUGGAGGCGGUGAUGGCGGGCGUGCCGAUGGUGGCGUGGCCGCUCUACGCGGAGCAGCGGCUCAACCGGGUGUUCCUGGAGAAGGAGAUGCAGCUGGCCGUGGCCGUGGAAGGGUACGACAGCGACGAGGGCAUCGUGGCGGCCGAGGAGGUUGCUGCCAAGGUGCGAUGGCUCUUGGAGUCCGAUGGCGGGAGGAUGCUCCGGAAGCGCACGCUGGCGGCCAUGCGGCAGGCCAAGGACGCGCUGCGUGAGGGCGGUGAGUCGGAGGCCACACUGACCGGAUUGGUGGACGAGUGGAAACGCAUUUGACGCGGUACGUGGGGAUUGGGAACGGGUGACGUUACGCGACGGAUGAAGUGCCGGUCAUCAUUUCUUUUAAAAAAAUAUAUAUUAGUAAUAUAUUCAUGUAUUUUUCAAUAAAAGAUACAAUUUAUUGCAUUAUACUCGUGCGUGCGGCGUGCCAACAAUAAUAAGAUAUCUACUCUUUAUUAG